AUGGUUCAGGCCCAGAUCCACUUGAUAUGUUAAACUUUGUUAUGAUUUUGUGGAUUAGGGUUUAGAAAGAAAAAGAAGCAGUGCAACCGAGUAGGUAGGGUUUCUCUCUCUUUCGAUCCUCUUUGCAGCGCCAGGCGACCUUCGAAUUAGCAAUGGCGAGAAUCAAGGUGUACGAGCUGAGGAACAAAACAAAAGCAGAGCUUCUGAACCAAUUGAAGGAUCUCAAAGCAGAACUCGCUCUCCUCCGCGUCGCUAAGGUCACCGGCGGGGCCCCAAACAAGCUUUCCAAAAUCAAAGUGGUCCGGCUUUCGAUAGCGCAGGUGCUGACGGUGAUUUCCCAAAAGCAAAAGGCAGCGUUGAGGGAGGCUUACAAGAACAAGAAGUACCUUCCUUUGGAUCUGCGCCCCAAGAAGACCAGGGCUAUCAGAAGGCGCUUAACAAAACAUCAGGCUUCAUUGAAGACAGAGCGUGAGAAGAAGAAGGAAUUAUAUUUUCCGAUGCGAAAGUAUGCUAUUAAGGUGUAAUGUUAGAUCUUAGUAAGGAUUAUAAUUUUGGAGACACUUUCUUUUGUUAUUUGAAGUACGAUUAUUUUUUCUGGUCGCUCAGUUCUUAUGUCAUUUCUUUCCGGUUUUCAUUUUAAUCAUCGUUAAAUUGAACUAAAUAUUAGUUUGUUUUUACU